AUGUUGACCAUCCAGCCGGUCAACUUCAUUCUCGUAAUCUCGCUCGCCGCGUGCGCCGUGGCCGAUGACGGAGAUGAUUUCUCCAACAAUUUGAUAUCGGACCUAGCCCCCUUGCUGGCCUUGUUUGGAGAGAAAGUCACGACUCAGUUCAUGAGUCAGUCGGUCGGAUGGGCCGAUAACAUCAUCUUGGCAGUCGCGCCUUUGGGGAUCCUGACCGCUAUUGUUAGUGCCAUCAGAGUGGGCGGUCCGACAUGGCUCAAAACCGUUAUCGGGCGGGCAAGAGAGAACCGGGCUGUCGCCGAGUCCGAGUUGAUGUCCUCCACCUCACAUGAGGUGUGCGAACUUUGGAAUGACUCGGACCUAGCGAAAACUAAUCCACCGUUCCUACCAGAGCCUUCACUUUGGGAGCGCCUCCUUGGCGGCGGCCGACCAAAGGGCGGAUCCCGUUUGAAGCUUGCUAAUGGUACCAAAGGUGCUACUCGAGAACAACCUACCAACAGCCGGCACGAUUCCCGUUCCGAGAGAUCCGACUCCAAGCAGAAAGCGCAGAAAGCUCCGCAGACCCGGGACCCGGAAAAGGCACUCCCCAUGCUUGGUUCCCAGGAAUUGCCUGCUCUACAAAACAAAACAGCAGAAGGCGAUCCUCCGUCCAAGAAGCGCUUGGUUGCUGUCAUCCGCAACACCGACGUCUCCACGCCGAACCUCACGCUCAAUAUCCACAGCCAAAUCAGCAGGAGAGAACUUUACGCCAUUGCCCUGUUUGGUGUCAUCCUCCAGCUCGGCAUCCUGGUGUACUUUGGCAUCGCCGCGGAGCUCCCUGCAUUAAAGUAUGCAUUGCUUAAGGACGACAACGUCGUCGCUCGCUACGCCCUCCCAUGCGCUGUGAUUGGCACUGUUCUUCUAGUCGCUAGCAUGCUAAUAUGCGCCCAUGUCGUGGAGAGUAGCACGCUGGAAACGAGCUACCGGCCAGUGGAGGGCGUGGAGGCCCGAGUUGUCUGGCUGCAGAGAUCCGGAACGGUCAACGACCAGGCUUUCGAUUCUUUUGCCAUCUUCCCCGCCCAAUCUCAAGCAGUCAUCACGACAUCUCGGAGGGCCCCAAGGCGGAAACUGGCUCUUCUCCCCCCUUGGGCCAAGAAAAAGGGGACCGAAAGUACAAUUAUUGAUGUAGAGCACAUCGCCGCUGUUUGUGGCUCCUUGGUUGGAAUAUGCGGCUUCAUCGUUCAGUUCGUCGGCCUCCGCAGCAUGCACUGGUCGGCUUCGGCCGCCCAACUCGGCGCAACUAUCGCCAUGACCAUUUUGAGGGCUUCCGUUCGCCGCAACCUGUCAAUAAACCCACAGUCCCAACCCCUUAUUCGGGGCCAUGAGAUGGACUGGUUAGCUCUGGCUCUCGGUGAUUCCAUCAACGACUCGGACUCUUGGUUAAAAAAAAGGGGGCGACCUUGGGACUGGAGAGUCGUUGCCGUCGAAGACCCGGGCAGAAGCGAGAAGUUGAAGCAACAGUUCGCUACCGCCAGUACAGAGAUUAGCGGAUCCAUCUCCCACAGAGCUACUCUCACAAGACGGGACCUCGGAGCCCUGGCGGACUGGUACGGGUCUGCAUCCCCUGAGGCCAUCGCUCUAGCUCGUGCGAUUGAGGCGACCCUGGAUGCCUUUGGUGACCUCAUUGACCGCGAUGGAAAAGACUUUUAUUGGUCUCUGCCAGCCUUGAAACCUUUUGGUGAGCCCAACCACGAACCGAUAGUCUUCCGGGUCGAACGACAGGAGGGCGGGAAUUGGGUGGCGUACGCCGACGAACUUGAAGCCGCAUGGUCGCUCUGGCAGUAUUCGGUGCACGAACAGGAAAAUCCCACACACUCUGGACUCGUUGAUGAAGCACGUAAAGAUAAAGAGGUCGGUAGGAGGCUCAAAUCAAAGCCGCCGCGCCAAAGAGGUGAUGAAUGGCUUCGAUCCAAGGGAUCACUGGCGAAACGCAGUGUCCGGCUCCUGAGUUCGUACAACCACGGCCUGUAUCAGGACCUUCGUCUCUGGAUGCCCGAUGGAUCUGUUAGGGUAAUUGGAGUGGAGCAGAACGACGACAAGUCCACCGACGAGAGUAGGGUCAUCGAAAUAGAGUCACACCGGAUCUUGGGGCACGCAUCGGGGUGGACAGUCAGAGAUUCCGACUCCGGAGAGGACAACAAAAAGCGACUCACCAAAGUUCCCCUUCCCGGCCAGGACUCAGCACCCGAUGAAACCACCACACACACCAUCAUCGCAACCGAAUCAUACAGCGCCCUGAAGACCCUCUUCGUGCAUCACCUCUUCGCGACCUUCAUGUGGACCAUGGCCAAGACCAUAGAAAAACCCAUCGCCGACAGCGCAGACAUCCGCAUCACCGAAGUCGACGAAACCAACGGAGACUUGCGACGGCGCAGCUUCGCGCUGCACACCAGCCGGCUUUCCAAACUAGCCCAGGACAUUCAAACCACCGGCCUCGGCGGGCUAGAAGACGUCUAUUUGUGCAUUCUCCCCGCUCUCAGCAUCGAAAACAAACUCCCCCCCUCCUGCAAGCACACGAAGGAUGUCAACGGGCGGACACCACUCCACCUGGUCGCAGCGACAGGCAGCGAAGCCGAUGUCAAGAGGGUCGUGGAGCUUGGUGCCGACAAGAACGCACGAGAUGAUAGGAGCCAGACCCCUCUGCAUGUGGCCAUUGCGAACGGAAACCUGGCUGUUGUCAAGGCGGUUGUCAAUCUUGGCGCUGACAUUGAGGCGAGGACGUCGGAUGGGUGGACGCCGCUUGCUACGGCUGCUCGACACGGACAUGCCGAUCUUAGGCGGAGACCGCCGAUGAGUGGGACGCCUUUGGUUCUGGCCGCUCGAUACGGACACACAGGAGGUGGUAGAACUGCUGCUGAGAUUUGGUGUAAGCCCUUAACGCGACCACCAGCCGGGGAUGGUCACCGCUCUUUCAAGCGGCGUCGGAAGGGGAAGAGGGCACGACCCGGGUGCUGGUUUUGCACGGGGCGGACACGGAGGAGAAGAAUCUUGCCGGGCCGGACUCCCCUCCACGGCGCGGCUUCGAAAGGGAUCACGGGUGUUGUCAAAGCACUGGUUGAGCUCAAGGCGGACAUUGAGGCAAGGGACAACUUCAAUGGAACGCCACUCCACUGGGCGGCUGCGGGGGGUCAUGCAGAGACUGUGCGGGCGCUUGUUGGGCUGGGUGCGAACAAAGAAUCGAGGGUGAGUGGGGGUUGGAUACCACAUUACGAAGCAAUUGUGGCGGGGGACCAAAACAUGAAGUCUAUCGCGGGCGAAGAUGAGGGUAGUGGAGGGCAGACACCGAUGCAUUUGGCGGCCAUGAAUGGGCAUGGGGCCGUGAUUAAGAUUCUUAUUGAGGUUGGUGCCGACACGAAUGCGAGAGAUCGAUAUAGAAGAACGCCGCAGGAUUGGGCGAUCGAGGAAGGUCGUGCGGAGGUGGUGGAGUUGCUGCGUUAG